CGAAAUGAGGAACUGGUGAUAGAAAUAUGCAGAAGCAAAUUAUUUUCAUUGUUUGAUGCCACUGCACCGGUAGCACUUUCAGAUCCUUUAUUCUGUCUCUGCUGGUUUCCUUUCGAUCUGGUGUCGCCUGUGCGUCUCUGCUGACAAUUAGACACAAAACUGCACACUUCAGACAGAAACACCCCCGCUUCUUAUCUUUCCAUGAUAAGUAUCACACAGUCUCGCUGGGUCUCUCUCGAUUUUCUUCUCUCUUUCUCAGCCGCUGCCUACACCUGCGAGAGAGCUUAAAACGUUUUUUUUUUUAAGGAAAAUAUAAUUACAUACAUAAAUCUAACUGCUCGUUAGACGUUUUCUUCAUCUGGUCAAACAAGGUAAAUCUACCGGGAGAGGACAUGCAAAGGGACUGAUCGAAAGGCUGCAACUCGUUUUUGCAUUUCCACGCAUUUCCAUAAUAAAGAAUCCGAACGAACGUCAAUCGAUCGCUUCUGGUUUCAAAUAAAGAGGAGAGCAGACAGCCCAGACUUGGAGAUGGACGGCUGCAGUCUGCCCCUGGGCCGCUUGGGAGACAAGGCUCUGAGACGCCUGGCAGAGAUGCUGGACAACCCCGCGUGUGGCUGGAGGAGGCUGGCCAUGGCGGUGGGCGAGCAGCCGCGUCUGUGCAGCAGCAAGGAGCUGGAGAGUUGCUCCCUGCAGGUUCUGAGGUCCAACGGCAGCCCAAGCCGGUACCUCCUCUCCCAGCUAUCGGACCGGGCCUGUUCCGUGGGGUACCUGCUGCAGAGCCUCAAGAAGAUUGACCACAAGGAGGCUGUCCAGUAUCUGACAGCCACAGUUGUUGCUUUGACGGAGCCGAUCAGAGUUGAGGUGCAGCCUCGGUCCCAGACUGGCUCCGAAGGGGGGGUGGUCUCCCUGACGUGCCAGGCUAGCGGCCCCCCGGGAUUGGGCUACCAGUGGUUCAAAGGGAAAGAAGAGGUCCUGCAUGGCACAAGUUCUGAGCUGGUCCUCAGCCCGCUCAGGCCAGAGCACCAGGGCCACUACAUCUGCCGCAUUCACCUGGAGGAGCAGUUUGUGUUCUCGCAGUGGGCUCAGGUGCGAGUGUCCAGGAGCAGCAGCCUCAGCUCAGUCAGCGAGCUCUUCCCUUCAGCAGUGUCCAGGCUGCAGAUCCUCUCCCAGCCCCGGCCCCUGACUCUGGGGGAGGGAGACCCCUUGUCCCUCGAGUGUGUCGCCGAGGGCAACCCCCCUCCACAGUACCAGUGGUACCGCAACAAACAGCCCCUCCCCCAGGCUCACCGAGCCUGCCUCCAGAUCAGUGCUGUUACAACGGUGGAUCGGGGCCAGUACAGCUGCAGAGUGUACAACAGCUACCAGGAGGUGUGGAGCAAGCAGGUGCACGUGGAGAUCGGUCCUGGCUCUUUUACAGGCCUACCCUGGGACGAGGCUAAUCAAGACUCCCCUCAAGCACAGCCGAGCGCCCCCGCUCGACAACUCAGUCCAUUCUACGCCACAGACAAAGUGGCACUGCUGAUGGGCAACAUGAACUACAAGUUCCACCGGCAGCUGCAAGCCCCCAUGGCUGACGUGCACAAGCUCGCCACCCUGCUGCGCCAGCUCCACUUCAAGGUGGUGUCUCUGCUGGAUCUGGACAGGCAGGAGAUGCACAGCGCAGUGCGCGAGUUCCUGCUGCUGCUGGACAGGGGUGUCUAUGGGCUGCUGUACUUUGCUGGACACGGGUACGAGAAUUACGGGAACAGCUUCAUGGUCCCGAUCGACGCUCCGGCCUCCUACACUUCGGAGCACUGCCUGUGGGUGCAGGACAUCCUGCAGCGCAUGCAGGAGCGCAGGACGGGCCUCAACGUCUUCCUGCUUGACAUGUGUCGCAAACGGAAUAUGAAUGAUGACAUCAUUCCUCAGCCGGGGGCCCUGAAGGUCACAGCGAAUAUAGUCUUCGGAUACGCCACGUGUGUCGACGCGGAGGCGUACGAAGUGAACAAGGGCUGCCUCUCCAAUGGGAUCUUCAUGAGCUUCCUGAAAGAGCGCCUCCUGGAGGACGAGAAGGUCACGGUCCUGCUGGACAAAGUGGCGGAAGACAUGGGGCGGUGUGAGAUCACACGUGGCAGGCAGGCUCUGGAGCUGCGCAGUAACCUCUCUGAGAGGCGGGCGCUGAGCGACAGGAUCCUCCCUCCGGAUUGCGAGGAGGAGGACUCUGCCAGGAACCUGCAGUGGGCCAUCGCACACGUUCUCCCAGAGUGCAGGCACCUGCGUUUCGACUGCGGGGUGCGAGUGCAGCUGGGGUUUGCUGCCGAGUUCUCCAACAUCAUGAUCAUCUACACUCGCAUCCUGGAGAAGCCCUCCGAGAUCGUCCACUGCGAGACACGGCUCAUUGACUUCCCGGAGGACCUGGAUGUGGAUCUGAAGAUCACCAAUCAGAAGUUCCCCGAGGAAACAGGCAGCCUGCUCUUCACAGUGGACAGCUUCCAGUUCCCCGAGUCAAUGUGCCUCUACACCCGGCUCAGCGCGCUGCAGAGGCUCAAGAGGGAGCUGAAGUUCUCGGUCUGUCUGCAAUACCAGUACUGCAACAUGGAUGAGUUUGUGGAGGAGAUCCAAACUGUCAACGUGGGCAAACCCCUGGUGGCCAAACUCAACCUCCACGAGUCCACGCCUCCCCCCUGCUCCCCCGCCUUCGACCUCCGCUCGCUCAGUCUCACAGGGGACCCCUGCAGCAGCUUCCUGCAUUCCUCCUCCCUCACAGAGUGCUUGGCGGCAGGGGACAGCCUGACCAGUCUGGGCACCUCGGGGGCCUCUUCUCUGGGCUCGGCCUCCACGUGCUGGUCCUACUACUCCAAUCCGGGUGAACUCCUGGACCCGGCCUCCCCAAGGAGGGUCAACCUGCCUGAGGAGACCAUCAGCCCUGAGUUCCUGGAUCUGGAGGCUCCCAGGCCGCUUUCCGACAACCCGCAGAUUUUCACUUCCAGUGUCAGCGUGCCCUACACAGGCUUGGGAGUCCCCUUUCAAUUCAGAAGCAAGCAGAAUUUUAAUAGCUUUUAAUGAUGUUAGCUGCUGCUGCUGCUGCAGUUUACAGAGUCCAUAGCUAGGAUGGCAUGAAGGCUCAAGAAUGUAAGCUAUACAGGGAAGCUGAGGGAAGAGUGGGUUGAAAUCUGUUUCCAGGAGACCUACUUUGAGGCAGCUUUGCUGUAUCAAACCCCAAGACUCCCCUGGUGUGCCGUACAGUGGCCUGAAACCAAGUUUCAAACCACAAAGUGGCUUUGUCUUCCCUUAGUUGAGAAUGCUGGUAAUAUCAUUUCAUCAAACGUGCAGUAUCACUGUUGAAGAUUAAAAACUAGCUGUUGUAAAGAAAAUUUAAAUAAAAGCUCGGACUGUUAUUUAAGGACA